ACUACUAGUGACCUCCCGCUUUCGCUCAUCGCAACCUGACAAACUGCAUGGAAGCAGAAGUCCAUGAGCGCUGACAUCAGACGGUCUCCUCCAGCCAUGCAGUUCCAGCACUCGCACGCGCCUCUCUACGCACCGACGCCCGCGCCGCCCGUCCACCCGACGCCCUUCUACAUCGAGGACAUUCUGGGCAGAAACACGUCCGUGUCCGGCCCGGUGGCGCCUACGCCGACCCUGCCGUCUCCGAACUCGUCUUUCACCAGCCUGAUCCCGUCUUACCGGACCCCGAUCUACGAGCCAACGCCGAUCCACCCGGUUCUGUCCCAGCACGCGCUCGCGGCCACCUACGCGUCCAUCUACCCGUUCCAGCGAGACUUUACGCACGCGUUGAUCCGUCACGACCCGCUGGGUAAACCUCUGCUGUGGACGCCGUUCAUCCAGCGGCCGCUGCACAAGAGGAAAGGCGGACAGGUUCGCUUCUCCAACGACCAGACCAUCGAGCUGGAGAAGAAGUUUGAGACGCAGAAAUAUCUGUCUCCUCCCGAGAGAAAGAGACUCGCCAAGAUGCUGCAGCUCAGCGAGAGACAGGUGAAAACGUGGUUCCAGAACCGUCGGGCGAAAUGGAGGCGACUGAAACAGGAGAAUCCUCCGAGCGGUAAGAGAGAUGUGGAGGACUCGGGCGAGCAGAGAAACUCGGACAGAUCGAGUCCGGACGUGAUGCGCGAGUCUGACGAGUCCGAUGAUUCUGAGCAGGAGCUGGACAUCGAGGAGGAUCCACAGUUCUCCAUAAACCCUCAGCUAUGAGUCCAUCUGCAGCACUGUACAUACUGUAUCAUACUGUACAUUUAGUAGCACAAUUAACUUAAUGGAUGUGUAGAUUUCAAUCCAAACCUGUAUCUGGUGUCUGGUAAGUGUCUGAAACGUGUAAAUAGUCUGUGUUAGUCAAUAAACAAUAUUUUGGGGAUAA